AUGUUCAACAUUCUCAAGCUCACCUCGCUCGCUCUCCUAGCAGCUCCCGCCGUCAUGGCAAGCGACCUUAUCGUUCAGAACAACUGCAAGUUCAACGUCUGGUGUUCCGCUGCCAAGAACGACGGCUCCUCCAGCGCGUCAGUCAAGGUAAAGGCUGGCCGGCAUUACAAGUCCCCACUCCCUGCCUACAACGACAACGUCGGCUCUGUUUUGAAAUGUACCGACAAAGCUGGUUCCAGGAAGGUAUUUCAAGUCGAGUUAGCUGUGCAGUACGGUAGGUCGUGGUUUGACCUGUCGGCUAUCGACGGUGACCCAUUCGUCUCGCACCACCGCCAUGCUGAGCUCGCGGGCCAGUGUGUCCUUGACUGCCCUCCUGGGUCUACAUCCUGCUAUUACCCUCUCCAAGUCGACUGUGCCAGUACCGAGAAUGCCGUACUGACUAUUUGUUAG